AUAAAGCAGCAAGAUCAUGACCCUUCUCAGAUUCAACAGUGACUGAAACAUGAGAGACUCCCGUUGUUUUAAAGGGGAGGAGUUGGGAGUAGAAAGUGUGCCUCUCCCAUUCACACACGUCUCACACCAGCAUACACAGAUGGAGGCUACUCGAUCUUGACAGAGUGGAGACCAUGGAAGCGUUGCUGGACACGAGGACCUGAAGGAAGAGAAGGAGAAGAAAGGAGAGAAGGAGAGGGGGAUAAUAAUGGAGUGCAAGGAGAAUGUGAUCCACUUCCUUAGCUGGGGGUUCAUCGUCGGUGCGGUGGCGUAUCUCCUUCAGCAGACCAGGACCCAGACCCCGUAUGGACGCUACGUGACCUCGAAUGGGACCCCAGGGAGGACCUGUCCUGCCAAGCUGGCCUGGUUCCUCCAGGAACUGCCUUCUUUCCUGGUGCCCAUGCUCCUUCUGCUAUCCACUGACACACAGCCCAGCCUGGGCAAAGACCUUCUUCUCUGGACCUUCUGUCUGCACUAUUUCCAAAGAACGUUCAUCUACUCCUUGCUGACCAAAGGCCGCCCUUCCCCUCUCUACAUUGUCUUCUCUGCGUUAGUCUUCUGUUCCGUCAACGGUUUUCUCCAAGGCCACUACAUGCUCCACUGUGCCACGUACGAUGACACGUGGCAGACCGACAUUCGUCUAGGCACUGGUUUGCUGAUGUUUUUCCUGGGAAUGGCCAUCAACAUUCACAGUGACCACAUUCUUCUACAUUUGAGAAAACCCGGAGAGGUUGUUUACAAGAUUCCAAAAGGGGGAAUGUUUGAGUAUGUCUCCGGAGCAAACUUCUUUGGAGAGAUUCUGGAGUGGUGCGGGUAUGCCCUAGCAACGUGGUCCCUGACGACGUUCUCCUUUGCCCUUUUCACCAUGUGCUCGAUUGGACCGCGGGCCUACCACCACCACAGGUACUACCAAGAGAAGUUUGAAGACUACCCUCGGUCGAGGAAAGCUGUGAUACCUUUCAUAUUAUAAGAAGAACAGCAAACCAGAGAAGCCUUAAUAAAUGGACUGACCUAGCUAAAAUCAUUAGUCAUAGCCAUGAUAUUGGCAUUUACUGAACUCUGAAAUCAAAUGUAUUUAUAUAGCCCUUCUUGCAUCAGCUGAUAUCUCAAAGUGCUGUACCGAAACCCAGCCUAAAACCCCAAACAGCAAGCAAAAAAAAAACUCCAGAGAAAGGUCAAAACCUAGGAAGAAACUUAGAGAGGAACCAGGCUAUGAGGUGUGGCCAGUCCUCUCCUGGCUGUGCCGGGUGGAGAUUAUAACAGAACAUGGCCAAGAUGUUCAAAUGCUCAUAUAUGACCAGCAUGGUCAAAUAAUAAUAAUCACAGUAGUUGUCGAGGGUGCAACAAGUCAGCACCUCAGGAGUAAAUGUCUGAUGGCUUUUCAUAGCCGAUUAUUAAGAGUAUCUCUACCGCUCCUGCUGUCUCUAGAGUUGAACACAGCAGGUCUGGUACAGGUAGCACGUCCGGUGAACAGGUCAGGGUUCCAUAGCCGCCUGUCCUAUAUUGCUCUUUUCUGUGGAGCCCAUUUGACCAGGCUUUAGCUUUCAGUAACUAGACAUAUUGAACCUAUCAUCUCAUUGUACUCAGAACUAUCAUAUUCCACCCUUGCAGCAACAUAUCUGUAAUGCCAUACUCCAAAAUACUUGGAGGAAUGAAUUAUGUGGCAGCAUUUAUCAUGGUCAAAGCUCAAUGAAGGAUAAAGAAUUCGAGGUGAAGAGAAAGGGGGGUGGUGGGUAGGUCUUGAAAGAAUAACAUAUUUUAUGUUGAAAGGGAUGACUGACAGCCUUUUCUUCUUUGUGCAAAAGGUAUCUCUUGGACAGAUGAGCCUUCUUCACUUUUGGAAAGGCUCAUUAAAUCUCUGCUUAUUUACCUUGGGUCUGAAAAAAAACAUGGUCUGUUUGUUUUUCUUAUGCAGUUUAUCAAAUAAUAUGUGAUUAAUAACUGCUGCAUAUACGAUUACACUUUUUAAUUAUAGUAUGCAUACAGAUAGUAUGGGAUUGAAAGGCACUUGGCUCAACUAUAACCACAAGCAUAAGGAAAACGUGUAUGUCAAGAAGCAUCGAUUUGCAUUAUAACCUGCUAUUCAGUCAAACUGUAGACUUUUUUUUAAAGGUCCCAUGCAUUUAUUUUCUCUUGACAGUUUUCAGUUGUUCAACCAGUCAGUCAUCAAAUUGCAAUAUAGCAUGAAUAACUGACUUGCUUGGGUUAGACUUGCCAUUUGAGUCAUUUAAGCACAAGGCUAUGCUCUGCCAUAGCACAGCUAGCUAGCCAAGUUAUGUACAGCUUUUGCUAGUGAAACAGCUGCCUUUUGAUACAUUCAGAGAUCAUUAAUUCAUAAUUCUUCAUACAUACAAUGACACACAUUUUUCAUGUUGUCACCUUCAGUAAUGUCGUAUUUCACCAAAUGUAAAAGCUGGCAGGCUAACUGAAAGUUUGGUAACAAGUGGCUUGGUUUAGCUAGCUAGCUCUCACAAUCAGAAACAGCUCUUUCACGUACGCCCACCAUUUCUGGGUCCUCGCAACAUUGUCGACUUGAAGAACCAACAUGAGCUAAUUGUGCAUUGUGGAUAAUAUCAGCAAAGAGAAUCAACCUCUCUUAUAUACAUAUUAGAAAAUUAGAUGUUUUCACUGAAAACGAAUUUUCCACUCAAUAUUUGAAACAAACGUUUUUAAAAAGGACCUAAUAAUUAUGCAGGCAAUAUUUUAGCCACCUAGUGGUUAAGAGUGUUGGGCCCAUAGAGAAUGAUAGAGGCCUCUAGUGGCCAAAAUACAAAUUUUGCAUGGGCAAUAACGCUGAGGGUUGCCAUCAUUUUAACGAGGUCAACUGUGUGGGACUUCCAACUUCAUUGGCUGAUCCCUCCUGGUGACCUUGUUGGAGUCAUGUGCACCUGGGUCAUCAGGAGGGAUCAGCCAAUCGUGAAGAAGAAAAUAGACUACUUCAAAAUGGAGUUAGUCUCAAUGGCACUGCCCAUGCUGUCACAGACGCCAUAAUGGCAAGGAUACAAUGAUGAGGCCACUUUCCAUCUCUAUGGUUGGGCCAGUAACUGAAAGCUCACUGGUUUAUGUGAAAUAUCUGUUGAUGUGCCCUUGAGCAAGGCACUUUACCGUAUUUGCUCCUGUAAGUCGCUCUGGAUAAGAGUGUCUACUAAAUGACUACAAUUUUAAUGUAAACAACAUUUGUUUGCCACUUUGCCAGGACGGGAAACUGUGUUCCUGCGUUUUCACAAUGCCAUGUUGAAGUGGUAAGCAGAAGCUAUGUUUAUUUGGCUGGUUCAAUGUUGACAAUUCAUCGUUGCUACAUUAAUAAACACUUCCCUCUGAA